UAUCACUACCAUACUCUUUGGUGGAUUCCAUUGCUUCCAUGUUCAACUCGAGUUCAGGGUAAAUAAGUUUUCGUUUAUUUCUAAAGUGAGUUUCUAAUCUAAUUACAAAAGGCUAGUCAAUAGUUAUACCAAACUAAUAAUGAGUGUGAAUCAUUUGCCUCAAGUUGACCGCGAGUUGGAUUUAUCAAAUACAGGUCGUGGUGUUUGGCUUGUUAAAGUACCAAAGUAUAUAGCAAAUAAAUGGGAUAAAGCCCCUGGUGAAAUCGAAGUGGGCAAGCUAAAGAUUUCCCGUGUUCCCGGGCAACGGGCACAAGUGCAGUUGUCCCUUUCCGAAGCUGUGUUGUGUCUUAAAGAACCAGGGGAGCAGUCUAUACCCAAAGAACAUCGUCUUAAUGUUUCGAAUGUGACGCGACAGUCUUUGGGAGUAUUCUCUCAUGCAGUCCCUUCAAACACAGAUGCUGUGGUGCCAGAAUCUGAAAAACUAUACAUGGAAGGAAGGAUAGUACAAAAGUUGGAGUGCAGGCCGUAUGCUGACCCUACUUAUUAUAAACUCAAGUCAGAGUCUAUCCGAAAGGCUUCUAUGCCUCAAAGACAAGUGCAACAGCUAGAAAGAAUUGUACAAACCUUUAGACCAGUUUCAGAUCACAAGCAUAAUAUUGAAUACCAGGAGAGGAAGAAAGCUGAGGGUAAAAAGGCUCGUGAUGACAAAGAGGCUGUGCUCAAUGUACUGUUUGCAGCAUUUGAAAAACAUCAGUAUUAUAACAUUAAAGAUCUCCAAAAGAUCACUAGACAACCUAUUGUAUAUUUAAAAGAGAUAUUAAAAGAGGUAUGCAACUAUAAUUUGAAGAACCCCCAUAAAAAUAUGUGGGAGCUGAAACCAGAAUAUAGACAUUAUAAACAAGAUGUACCUGUUGAGACCAAGGAGGACAAGAAUGGCUCUGACACUGAAUAGAAUUAAUUUUGUUAUAUUUGUGGUAAUGGUGAUAUAAUUAAUAAUAAUGAAUUUAAUGAUAUUUGAAUAAAAUGAAUUUCUAUUUAAUAAUUCAAAAUUAUUAUU